AUGCCAGUCCAAGAUCCCAAUGCGUCGACGGAGAGCAAUGGCGCCGCUCUCUUUAUCACGUCUAUUACCUUCCUGUUCCUCACAUGGGUCUCGGUCUUGUUGAGAACAUAUGUGCGGUCAGUGAUGUUGAAAGGAUUUAUGUCGGAUGACUGGUUCAUGUUGGCAUCGCAAGCGGUUUUUACAGUAUCAUGCGCGUUUAUACUACGAGGAUAUCACUAUGGGUUGGGACGCCAUAACCGAUCCCUGGAACAACACGACGAAAUCACGGCGCUCAAGUAUCAGGCUUUGGCGACGGCAACCUACGUGCUCAACAUGAUGCUUAUCAAGUUCAGUAUUGGGAUAUUCCUGCUGCGCCUGGCGACGCAAAAGCGCUACCGGUAUACCAUCUACGCGAGCAUAGUAAUAAUCGCGAUUUGGAGUCUGGUUUUGUUCUUCUGGAAUAUCUUCCAGUGCCAUCCGGUCGAAGCGCAAUGGGACUAUCGGAUUCUUAACGAAGACCCCAAGUCUUCCUGUGUCUCGGCAGAAGAGAUCAUCAACGCUGCAUACGCUCUCAGUGUCAUGACUAUCCUGUCGGAUUGGCUGUAUGCGCUGUUACCGAUACCGAUGGUGUGGCAGGUGAAGAUGACCAAACAAGCAAAGGCGACAGUGAUGGUGAUUCUGGGCUUGGGGAUUUUCGCCAGUGUCGCAACUUUGAUCCGACUAAAGUUUUUGUCCGAUUUGAUAGACAUUGAUGAUAUCCUUUUCGCCGGAACAGAUGCCAUGGUUUGGACGUUGGUCGAACCCGGAGUUGCAAUUGUUGCUUCGAGUCUCGUCACCAUUCGUCCUCUCCUGCGCGCGUGGAGAAUUCAGGGCUUCCAAUCGACCGAAAACAGCAAACACACCGAAGCCCUCAGCAACGGCCAACUUGUCUCGCGCACGGAACGAUUGAACGGCAUGCCCGGCUUUGGCUCACGAGACACAACAACGGUAGACAUCGAGCUAGGCCAUUCAAAACCCACAAGUAUAAACUCGCUGUCCCCAGUAGACUUCGGCACGUCGACGUGGGAAAGCGGCCGGCCGAGGAUCUCGGUCAUGUCCCGCAUACCCGAAGUUAGCGGGGGCGUGGUCGAGCCGCUCGACUACCCGUCGAAAUACCUCGACAGCAACGCGGGGAGGAAUGUGGUCCGCAGUAACGUGCUGUACAUCGAAGGGGCGCAACCGUCGCCGAACCUGCCAGGCAGAACUUGGAUGGCGGAUUCUUCCAGCAAUUCCUCGGUCGAGCUCGAUAACAUGGAGCCUCUGCAUGGCCAGACGGACGGACGGGUUGGUUUGGGAUCACCACGCGAGCUGCGGUGA